UGACAACUCAGUUCAAAGAACAGUUUAGAAGUUGAUGGAUCCUUUUUUUCUAAGUACAGAUCUGCAAUUUUCUUUAAAAUUGUUUGUUUGUGUUUUUAAGGCAUACACCACACGGAAUCCUCUAGGAAGAUGACUUUUCCUUCCGGUGUGUCCUUUAUCCCAGGCUGCGCUUAUGGGAAUGGGAAUUCAGCCAGAUUCCAGACUGGAAAGGGGUGAAAGACUGAAAGACCACAGCUGGCUCUGCAUACGGACAGUGCUGUGGAAACAGGGAGAUCAGAGCAUUGGCUGGAGGGAAAUGCUCUUCUGUUUUUUUCCAGGACUGGUGCCUGGGUGCUCACGCUGUCUUUUGCGGUCAUUUCGCUUGUUUUUGCCUUUUGACGCGCGAUCCUUACGCAUUUCAACAUCAGCUGCAGUUGCAGACUUUGCUUUUCUGCCCCGGACUCUGCUCCAAAUCAAAACCUCUUUAUCCUGGGGGGGGGGGGCACCUUAUGCAAAAGCAUACUGUGGCUUACGAAUCCGCGCCCACUUAUUUAUUUAUUUUACAGUUUUUUUCAUGCUCUUGGCGACUCCUGUUCUUGGGGGAGUGUGGAACAGCGCACUCCAAGGAGGGAGAUAAAGGGUAGAGAGAGGGAGGGUGAGUGAGAGAGGGCUGGAGGACAGAUAAGAGAGCUCUGCAUGGGCUGUGCAUGUGUAGAGCUGCUCGAUGCCUCUGUGGAUGGAGCACUAAGGCUGCAACUAGCUUGCGUCUGUAGACUGGCACCCCAGAUGCACACAGUGUGGACAGCAAACCAUGUCUGUCACCCAUGACACACAGAGCACGGGACAGGCCUCCUCCUGUUAACUCUCCUGCCAGCGCAAGGGCAGUGCCAGGGGUCGAUCUCCAAGCAUGGACGCUGAGCUCUUAGGCUGGAUCCUGAGCAUCAGCUCGGUGCUCAUCAUCGCUACCAACGUGCUGGUGGGCGCCGCCGUCCUGCUGCUCAUCCGCAAGAAGGGCAGCCAGAGCUGGGUCUUCGUGCUCAACCUGGCGCUGGCCGACACGCUGGUGGGGCUCGCCAUCCCGGGCAUCGCCACCGAAGUGAUCGGCGCCCACUCCUCCUCCACCCACAAGACCAGCUGCCUCCUGCGCAUGGCCUGCGUCACCUCCCCCUCCGCGGCCUCCAUCCUCUCCAUGUUCCUCAUCUCGCUGGACCGCUACCUGGCCAUCAAGCUGCCCCUGCGCUACUCCCAGCUGGCGGGCCCGCGCACGGCCGCCGGCGCCCUGGUGGCGCUGUGGCUCGUCUCCUUCCUGGUGGGCUUCCUGCCCGGGAUGGUGCGCGAGCUGCAGCAGAGCGACUACAAAGGCUUCUGCACCUUCUUCUCGGUGAUCCGGCCCCAGGGCAUGAUCGUGGUUUUCUGCGCGGGCUUCUUCCCGGUGCUCUCCGUCUUCAUCUACUUCUACUGCGACAUCCUCAAGGUCGCCUGCGCCCACCAGCGCCAGAUCCGCCGGGCCAGGCUGGCCGGCUCCCGCCUGCCGCAGCCCGGCCACUUCGCUGGCCACAUGAAGGCCCUGCAGACCGUGGCCCUCCUGGUCGGCUGCUUCACCCUCUCCUGGUCCCCCUUCUUCGUGGCCAGCACGGUGCAGGCUCUCUGCCAGGACUGCCGGCUCUACCACGUCAUCGAGAACUACCUUUGGCUGCUGGGGCUCUCCAACUCCCUCAUCAACCCCCUGGUCUACGCCUGCUGGCAGAGGGAGGUGAGGCAGCAGCUCGGCGUGCUCUUUGCGACGGUCAAGGGCAGGAUCUCGCCCGCCGCUGCCGCCAUCGCCACCGGGAGGCGCCAGGCACCGUCGGCCACUGGGACCACAGAGCUCAGUCACACCCCUGUUCCCACGGUGCACUGCGGCGCGCCCGGGGAAGGACACGCCAGCGCACGGGGCUCUGUCUAACCCCUCCUGAGCAAGGGCACCAGGGGUACGCCCGCCGAUGGCAAGGGGGUGUCUGAGCUGGACGUAUUCCUGGAGAAAAAACAGGCGUUUCCUUUAGUUUCUACUCCUGUCCUGCCGUCUGACCCGGAGCUUCGCAAGUAAACAGCGGGAUUUGGGGAUACCAGCUGGCACGCUGUGCUUUCCGACUGCUCCUGCGGCCCAGCCGUACCGUCACGGGCUGAAAAGACCAGAUGGCUGUGUUUGCUUUUUCGCCGGGGUUCAUCAGUCAUGUUAAACACUUUGCUAAUUGACUUAAUCUUUUGCUUCUGCACUUUGUUCUGUUCUUCUAUUAAUAGCUAUCAAAAUAUACAAAGAGAGGUUUGCGAAAUGGCCAAAAACUUCUAAGCAAGCCCGCCAAAGGCAUGUCUUUCAGGUGCCCUCAGGCUACAGCACAAGAGGUAGUGUUUAGAAACUAGAUUUGGAAUGCCCAGGUAGGUACUGUUUGGCAGCACGAUGCAGUAAGGGGUCUGGAACAUUUUAUGUCACUGCAUUUGUGUGUGUUGGUGUAUCAGUGAUCCAUUACCUUAUACAAAGCCAGAGAAAUACCUGCUCAUCAAACAGCAUACACAACUAGCAUCAGCAGAGCACAUCUGUGGGCUGGUAAUGGCAGCAGGACUAAAAGCAUAUUCUGCAGGUGUUUGUGCUUCUCUAGAAUACCUUCCUGCUUCCUCAGGUUUUACCCCUUUCUUGCCUUGGUACACUGUCUCUUUAACCCUCCUCAGACUACUUCGACUUAAGGCAGUCAGUGGCACGGACUGGAGUGCCAAAUGCUCCAUCUCUCCCUUUCAAAUUGAUGUAAAUAGUAAAAACAAAACUGUCCUGUGGAGUCUCCCAUGUGUAAUCUUGCCACCUGGUUUAUGAAUGGGCGCAAACAACUUUCUUGUCAAAAGAGAAAUAAACUUCUUUGCACUGUG